AUGGCCAAGUUCGCCAACUCUUUCGACCUGCUGGGCGAGACCGAAGACAUCGAUGUCAAGGAACUCAUCAGCGCGGUUGAUGAGAGGGCCGAGUUUUUGGAGGUGAAGAAGAAGGCGAUAGAGUCGGCGAAGAAAAGGGCGAUGGAGGAGGAGAAGAGGAAGAAGGAGGCGGAGAAGAGGAAGGAGGGGGAGAAGAGGGAGCGGCUGAGGCUGAGUAUUCAAAAACAUUUAUUACUCGGAGGACAAAAGAAUAAUAAUGGGUUUUACAGAAGAGGCCAGAACAGCCAAAGGGAUUUCAAUUCCCAGAAUUUUCGUGCUGCGCCGAAAUCUGCUGAUGAUACUAGAUCUGUCUCCAGUGCUGCUAGCAUUGUGUUGUCAGAGAUAUCUUUUGGGAGCUUUUGCAAAGCGGAUUUUGAAGAGUUGAUGAAGAAGAAGAAGAAGGAGACUGAAGUUGUUGUGGAGGAUGGAAAGAAAAAGUCAAAUAUCAAUGGAAGUCUGAGGAGAAAACUGAAGAAGAAGAGGAACGAGGAGAAAAGCCACAGCGAGAAUGCAGCAGCUGCUGGUGAUACUACUGGUGCUGCUGUGAUUGCUCCUGUUCAGAACAAGCCUACUCUUUCAUACACUUUGAAAGAAUAUGAGAAGAUGAAUAUGAAGAAGGGUGAGAAUAAAGAAACCGCUGUCGAACAGCCGCCUCAGCCUGCACAACGGCAUCCCGAGCAGCCUCAAGACCACCAUCCUGCACAAUGGCAGACCAAGCAGUCUGCACAACAGAAGGCCAAGCAGUCUGCACAACGGCAAACCAAGCAGCCUCAAUACCGCCAUCCACCACAGCCUGCACAACAGCAACUCCAGCAGCCUCAAUACCGUCAUCCACCACAGCCUGCACAACAGCAACCCCAGCAGCAUCAAUACCGCCAUCCUGCACAACGGCAGACCAAGCAGUCUGCACAACGGCAGCCCAAGCAGCCUCAAAACCGCCAUCGACCGCAGCCUGCACAACAGCAGCCCAAUCAGUCUGCACAACAGCUGCCCAACCAGCCUGCACAACAGCAGCCCAAUCAGCCUGCACAACAGCAGCCCAACCAGCCUGCACAACAGCCGCCCAACCAGCCUGCACAACAGCCGCCCAACCAGCCUGCACAACAGCAGCCCAAUCAGUCUGUACAACAGCCGCCCAACCAGCCUGCACAACAGCAGCAGCUUAAUAACAGGAAUGACGGCUCCUGGAAUCCAGUGAAGGAUCGUAGACGGCGGCGAGAUUGGGUUAACUAUAACUCUGAUGGUAGGUUUGAAGAAAAUUGUUCGCGACAGGCCAGGGUUGCGAAUAAGGAAUUUUUGAUAAAUCCUGCUGAAUUUCCAACCCUGAGCAGUAAAUAA